AGGAGCUUGAAGCCUCUGAGAUACAGCAAGAUACCCAAUGCAGUAAAAGCUCUCUACGCGAGCGGAAGCCGGCGGCACACAAUGCAGCACUGAGGCGGUGGCGAGGAGGCGCCUCUCCCGCUCGCAGCAGCAGCAGCAGCAGCCUGGCCGUAGGAGCUCCCUUCCUUUCCGUCUCGCCUUGCGAUCCUCGCUUCUCGCGGGCAGCUCACCUUCUUCCUCCUCCCGCCACUUCUCCCAAGAGCCAGCCAUGCACAUCGCGGCUUCUCUGCUCGCCUUGAUGCUCUGGACCGUCGGAAUGCUCUCGAAAGCUCGCUGCGGCCGCGCAGGAGACACCUUGUUGACCGAGAUGGAGAGAAAGGCUGCGGAUCGCUUCAGGGAAAGGCAGAAGAGCGUCCCUUUUCGGCUCCUCUAUAGUGCCAGUGAAGGCAACGAAACUCCUCACGACCUGCUCGACACUCGCAUCGGCCGUAGCUCUGUUGGGAAGCAGUCAACUCAUAUUGCUCGAGCCAGCUUUCAGGUUGAUGCUUUUGGAUCUUCUUUCAUCCUGGAUAUAGAAUUAAAUCAUGAUCUACUGUCUUCAGAAUAUCUUGAGAGGCAUAUUGACCACAAUGGGAAGACGGUGGAAGUUAAAGGAGGAGAACACUGUUAUUAUCAAGGUCACAUCAGAGGGAAUCCAGAUUCAUUUGUUGCUCUGUCCACCUGCCACGGACUUCAUGGAAUGUUCUAUGAUGGGAAUCACACAUAUCUUAUUGAGCCAGAAGAAAAUUGUACAUCUCAAGAGGAAUUCCAUUUACACUCUGUAUACAAAUCCAGAUUAUUUGAAUUUCCUUUGGAUUAUCUUCCAUCUGAAUUCUGGCACAUGAAUACUACAUCACAGAAAUUUGGUGUGAAAUCAAGAUAUAAAAGAAGAAAAAGGCAGGUCCAACUGAAUCUACCUAGAGUUGAAGAUGAAACGAAAUAUGUUGAGCUAAUGAUUGUAAACGAUCAUCUAAUGCUGAAAAAACACCGGUUAUCUGUUGGUCACACGAAUAGCUUUGCAAAAUCGGUAGUGAAUAUGGCAGAUUUAAUUUAUAAAGAACAACUGAACACCAGAAUAGUCUUGGUUGCCAUGGAAACCUGGGGUACUGAUAACAAGUUCACCAUAUCUGAAAACCCACUGGUAACUCUACGUGAAUUUAUGAAAUAUAGGAGAGAUUUUAUCAAAGAGAAAAGUGAUGCAGUUCAUCUUUUUUCGGGAAGCCAGUUUCUCAGUAGCCGUAGCGGGGCAGCCUUUAUUGGUGGCAUUUGUUCACUGCUGAAAGGUGGUGGUGUAAAUGAAUUUGGAAAGCCAGAUUUAAUGGCUGUUACAUUGGCACAGUCCUUGGCACACAAUCUUGGGAUCUUCUCAGACAAAAGAAGGAUGCAAAGUGGUGAAUGUAAAUGUGAGGAUACAUGGUCCGGGUGUAUAAUGGGAGAUACAGGUUAUUAUCUUCCAACCAAGUUCUCCAAAUGUGAUAUUGAGGAAUACCAUGAAUUUUUAAAGAAUGGCGGCGGAGCCUGCCUUUUCAACAAGCCUUCCAAGCUCCUGGAUCCCCCAGAAUGUGGUAAUGGUUUUGUUGAAACUGGGGAAGAAUGUGAUUGUGGCGCUCAAUCGGAAUGUCAUGCUGAAGGUGAAGAUUGCUGCAGUUCCUGCACUCUAACUGCUAACUCUCAAUGCAGUAAUGGACUUUGUUGUAGAAAAUGUCAGUUUGAACUUAAAGGUGUGGUUUGCAGAGAAGCUGUAAAUGAUUGUGACAUUCCAGAGACAUGCAAAGGGGACUCUAGUCAGUGCUCUCCAAAUCUCUACAAAAUAGAUGGGUAUUCAUGUGAUAAUGAACAGGGCAUUUGUUUUGGAGGAAGAUGCAAAACCAGAGACAGACAGUGUAAAUACAUAUGGGGAGAUAAAGUGACAUCUGCUGAUAAAUAUUGCUAUGAAAGAUUAAAUAUAGAAGGAACAGAGAAAGGUAGCUGUGGCAGAGACAAAGAUACUUGGAUUCAGUGCAAGAAUGAAGAUGUUCUUUGUGGAUAUCUACUGUGUUCUAACAUUGUCUCUAAUAUUCCAAGACUUGGAGAGCUUGAUGGCGAAAUCACAUCUAUUUCUCUUCAAAAUUUGGGAAAAACUUUCAAUUGCAGUGGUGGUCAUGUGAAGUUGGAGGAAGAUGCAGACCUGGGUUAUGUAGAAGAUGGGACACCCUGUGGUUCUAAUAGAAUAUGCUGGGAUCACAGAUGUCUCUCAAUGGAUACUUUUAACUUCAGUUCUUGUCCUGGAAGUACCGAUGGCUUUAUUUGCUCAGGACAUGGAGUUUGCAGUAAUGAAAUGCAGUGUGUCUGUGAGCAGUUAUGGACAGGUGUAGAUUGCAGCAAGCGUCUCAUGAAACCAAUUAUUGAUGGAAGCUUGCACAAUUCAGGUGUCACUAGCACAAAUAUUAUUAUUGGUGCUAUUGCUGGUACAAUUUUAGUGUUGGCUCUUAUUAUGGGAAUAACAGCAUGGGGUUACAGAAACUAUCGAAGACAGAGACAAAUUCCUCAGGGAGAUUAUGUUAAAAAGCCUGGUGAGGCCGACUCCUUUUAUAGCGACAUGCCACCUGGAGUCAGCACAAACUCUGCAUCUAGUUCUAAGAAGAGGUCUGCUUUUCUGUCGCAUUUUCAGAUUUCUACCUGUUCCAUCACACAUUAUUCCAUUAGUCAGAACCUUUCAUUGUUUUGCAGCAGGUCAAACGGCUUAUCUCAUUCAUGGAGUGAAAGAAUCCAAGAUGCAAAGAAUCUUUCAGACAUCUGUCAAAAUGGGAGACCAAGGAGUAAUUCAUGGCAAGGUAAUAUAGGAGGCAACAGAAAGAAAGUCAAAGGCAAAAGAUUUAGGCCACGGUCUAAUUCAACUGAGACUCUUUCCCCUGCAAAGUCCCCAUCAUCAUCUACUGGCUCCAUUGCUUCCAGCAGAAAGUAUCCAUAUCCCAUGCCUCCAUUGCCUGAUGAGGAGAAGAAAGCCCACAGAGCUAGUGCCAGGCUAUGGGAGACAUCCAUUUAAGUAUUUAGCUUUCACCUGAGCUGUCACCAGAACUAUUUACUUCAAAUUUUAUAUAAAAUAAGCAUCACUGAAUCACUGAACAUUCAUCUGCUCAGCAGACAACUUGAUGGAGCAAAGAUACAGAUACUCAUAGGAUAAACAAGUUCUCCCGUUGAAGGAAGACACUGAUUUUCUACAGCUGAUUCAAGUUUUGUGAAUUACAAAUAAAGAUAUUAACCUGGUAUAGACAGAACUGAACAUGCUAAGAUACUGUGCAUGAUGUCAGAUAUUAUAUAGACAUUCAGAUACUGCUUUUGAAAUCCCAAUGGUGUUUUUUCCUGGUCUAACAUGUCCCCAAAUAUCUAAAAGAGAGUGAUUCAGAAUUUGGUACAUAAUCAUUUAUGCUGUGUGCAUGAACCUCUGUUUGCCACUAUCCAUGUGUAAGGGGUUACUCAUUUUACUGUAGUAGAGUUAGCAUGCAGGAAUAAGAUGUUUUUUCCACAGUUGGGUUCUAAAAAGACAAAAUAUUUGACAACAGCUUCAGUAAGAAAACAGUGAUAUUUUUUUUACCUGUUACAAUUACAUUCUCAGUAAAAAAGCUAUUUGUAGACAGUUGUGAAAUACGAGCAUUGAGUUAGGUUUUUGCCUGAAGAGUAUGCUACAAAAUUUAGGAGUCAAGUUAGAUAUUUCAUGGCAGGUUCAUGAAUAUAGCUUAGCUGCAUGCAAAGGUCUCAGGUUCAAUUUCCUCUGCCAAUAGAAAAAAAAAAUUGUUGAAAAACCAGGAAAGCACUAAUAGCCUCUGUUUGGUAAGAGUGAGAUAGAUGGACCAAUAGCCUAGUUGGAUUUAAGGUAUGUAUGAUAUCUGGCAUUAAGAAACAGCACUGCAGGAGGAAAAGUUGGCAAUUAUAGUGCUUUGUUUUUUAUUUUUUUCUCAAAACUGAUUUCCUAUCAAAAUUACCCAGCCCUUCUAUCUCAUUCAUCAAAGUGCCAUUCAGAAUUAAACUUUGCCACAUGUUCUAAGAACUGGAACAAAGGGUCUAGAAUGUGUCUAAAAUUUUGAGAACACAGAUUUUUUUUCUCUUCCCAUUAAAAUAAAUUGAAUAAAACUGGAUCCAAAUGGAACCCAUUUUACCUAUUUGGAACAUCAGCCAAUAAUGUGAAGUUGGUCAAAACGUUGUAUCUGCUGUACAUAUUAAAUACCUACUUUUUGAAAUCUACUCAUCUUAAUCACCCAGUUCAGUUUCACUUUUAACCAAGUAAUCAUGUAAUAACUGUGUAAGCUUGUACAUGUUUUGGCCAAAUAAGAAAUGUUCAAAUGCUUGACUGAAUGACCAGAGAUCAUUCAUCUCUGUGCAGUUGUAUAAUGAUAUGCUUUUCUGCUGGAAUGACUGGAGGAUUUUCAUAAUUUCUAUUUGGAUAGGAUAAGGGAGAAUAAUGCACAACAGGAGUCAUCAAAAUGCAACAUUUUUGUGAAGCUUCUAGGAACCAAGCAUUGUGGGAGGUUGUAAGUUUUUCAUAGAAGAGUUAUCCUGCCUGUAAGGAGUUUCAGAUGAUAUGAGGCAUACAAUAUAAAAAGAGAAAAAUAGUCAAAGAUGUAUACAGAAGAAGAUUGAAUAUCCCAAGGAUUUCAAUGCCCUCUUGCUAAUGUCAAAUCCAAAUUAUGAUGAGUUAAAAUAAUUACCAUUGUCCAUAUGUCUUUGGUAUAGAGUUCUUUUCACAAGCUUCUCAUAAGCAAGAUUUAGAUAUGAAAAUUUGGGAUAGUAGAAUUCAUAAUAUAUGUAUGUCAGAUCUGAGCAUUAUUUAGCACUGUGUUCUGCUUUAAUAUUCUAUUAUGGAGGAGAUUUGGGGAAAAUAAUUGCCUUAUCAUGCCAUAACGGAAGGACAAUAUUGGCAAUAUUGCAUAGAUAGGAUCUAGGGGUCUGCCUAAUGGUUCCUGCAAAAUCUUAACAUUAAAAGCAUUCUUAGGCAUAUAGUAUCAUUUAAUAUUUGACAGUAUUUGGAUAGGAAUGUCAUUUGUUUUUCUGAAUCUUCUACCUCUUUUGCAUAAUUCCUUCUGUAUGUGAAGUGCCAUAUACGGCCUUCUGUUGUGUAACUGGACUUACUGUAGGAAAUUACUUUUUUGAGAAUGUCAAUUCUACAAGGAGAAAAGGUUCUGUUCUAAAGUUUUCAACUGUAAAUUAUGUAAAACUUUAAAGGUAUUAUAUUUAUACGACUUUGCCAGUUAUAUUUAUAAAAAACUGGCUUUGCAGUCAUAGCAGUCUUUAGAAAGUGGCAUAAGGUUUUGGUAAGUAUUUUGAUUUGUACUAAAUAGGAACAAAAAUGCAUAAAGGAAAUUCAUCCAUAAGAGAAUGUCUAAAAGAUUAUAAAAGAAUAUAUAUAAAUGUUUAAUUUUACAAAUAUAUAACGUGAGGCAGGGACGUGAAGGAUGACUGCUGAAGUGAGGCCUGGUGAAGUUUAAUUACCAUUAUAAGUCUUUUUUUUUUGUCUCACUGACUUUGAAUCAACGCUCUGCGCUGCCCUUCCAAUCAAAGUCAAAAGGCUCUCCUCACAAGUUAAAGGAAAGCUAUAGUAGAGAUCAUCUUCCCCAUCACUUUUAAUUCUUGCUGAUUUUUAGAAGCUUAACAUGUGCCUUUUUGGAUCUUUGGCUUGAUGUAAAUCCAUGUGUUGUUAGAAAAUGACAUUGUUGCUGUCUUCCAUUUAAAUUACUAAGACAAAGGAAGUGGGUUUUUUCCUUCCCUUUUCCUUUUUGGACAGAACUGAAUGUAACGUGAGAACUGAGUUGAUUGUAGAUUGUUCACCAAGAAAAUAAUCAUCCUCUGUAGUUAAUUUGUAGACAUUGUCAUUGACCAUUAUUUGAUAAUGGCUAACAUUUGUUAAUACUCUAACAUUUAAUAAUUUUAAUGUAAAAUGAAAUAUAAUUUUAAUAAACUGGUGUUUAUUUUUAUGGUCUAGUGCAGGAUUUCUCUGCCUACAAGCUUGAAUUGUCUUGGUAUGUAUAAAAAAGUGAUGGAUGCCAAUCAGCAAAAGUGCGAAUAAAUCCAAGACAAUGAAAGUUGGCAAAUGGAUUUUGAGUUCCAAGCUACUGUCCAGAUAAAAUGCUAGGAAGGAUGUUUCUUCCAAUUACUUCUGUUGCUGGUGUAUUUCAAAUUUUGUGUUUAUGAUAAGAGCAUAGCUACUUUAAAGAUUUUUCAUUUGUUGUCUUUCAGUUGACAUAAAUGGGCAAUAAUGGUUGGUUCCUCAGAAUGGGUUGUAUCCAAGGUGUAAUGCCAAGUAAAAAAAAGGACGGUAGUUGAUCUGCUAAUGAUGGCACGAUGUACCACAAGUGCACCUGAAAUAACUGCCACAAACAUCAUUUAACAACAAAAUUAUAACAAAUGCUGGAUUUUAUACAAGCAGCAGAGGCUUUGUGUUCUCAUAUCACUGGAUACAACCCACUGUUCUUCGUAAAGAAAAUUCUUGGUCAUGAAAAUUUAAUGCCUUUUCCUUUCACCUUUUUUAUAGUUAAUAUCUUGGUAUCAUGUGGUUGACAUAAGUAUUCCAGCACUCUUCAGCUUUGUUUCGCUGUAUAAGCAAAGAAAUAUGUAGAUAAAAGAAAAUGAGAACAUUGUCUCAAUAAUAGCUUCCAAACUAUAGUUGUGUAUUUGCAGUACUAUCGCAAGGCAACAAUACAGAAUAGUUUCAAUCAAAGGAAAAGCAACAGAAUAGAUUAUCUGGGAAUAAGUAUGAAUUAUGGAGGUAUCCCGAUAUAUCUGUUUUAAAGGAUGUUUUGGCACAAUUUACUUGAACAAUCAAAGCUGUCAAAGAAGUGAUUUCAACUUCCAUAAUUCCUAGUCAGUAUAAGCAUAGCAAUGCUGAAGUUAGCAUAAUUUUUAAGGGUCAAUUGAAACUAAUGCAUAGCAAUGCUGAAGUUAGCAUAAUUUCUAAGGGUCAAUUGAAACUAAUGCAUAGCAAUGCUGAAGUUAGCAUAAUUUCUAAGGGUCAGUUGAAACUAAUACUCAAUAAUGACCAUUAAUACCUGGGAAAUCAGUCCAUUACAACUAGACCUCAAAAUAAAUCAGUCUCAAAUAAAAAAAAAAUGCCGAGUAUAGAAAAACUUCCAGAACUUUAUAUCUCAAUGUCUGUUCUCAUAACUUUGCUUAAAAAUAAAAACAAGAUCACUUUUCCGUUUUAUCUGAAAUAUUGUCUUAGUUGCAAAGUGAAUUUUGGAUAUGUGUUUUUAAUAGCUACUAAUUAUUUUUGUGCUACUUAGAAGGCAUCAGCAAUUCCACAUGAUGUGUAAACCUGGUUUAAAAUGACUUUUUUAAUCUGAUAGUAUUUACAGCAAUUCAGUAAUUUUUUGGAGUCCUUCACCAGGUUUGCUAAGCAUAUCAAUCUUAACCUUAUAAAACAAUUGGUUCUAAUCUUCAGUUCUAAUGAAACAUAGCUUUUGUAAAACUUAAUUUGAAAUCCAAAAAGAAAUCUAGCAUAACUAUUUGAAAGUAAAAAAAUAAAAUAAAAAUAAAUUAAUAUGGAAGACCUCCAAGUUCCCUGCCAACCCUUUGAUUCUAAUAAUGUAAGUGAGAAGCAUUACAAAAUUAAGACGAACAGGCUAGUAUGGGACAAUCUUCCCUACAUCAUUUUGACAAUCAGGCAAGAUGAAGAUGGCACAGUGGGAAUUUAAUGAAUAGAUUUGUAAAUCGAAUUUAAAUUACAAGUAUGAAAAUCAAAAUAAAAUAUCCCUCUGGUCUUUAUAAAUUAGAAAAAUGGCCAUAGAAGUAUUUUUUUAAAGCCUUAGAGGCCUUAUGACCUUACAUAUUCAAAUUUUUGAAGAUAUAUUUUUUACGAACUAUUUAGAAACACUUGUAAAUAUGCUUUACUGCCCUUUGGAUGCUUAGUGGUGCUAAGUAAUAACUGUAAAAUAUCACAGUUGUAAUUCUGCAAAUCCUAAGGUAUCACAUAUCUUACUAUGAUACAAUAAUGCUGACUUGCCUAAAUAUUGAGAAUAUAUAUGUGCUAGGGCAUAUGGUCUGGUGCUUAUUAAACUAUAAAUCUUUAAGCAAAAAUGUACCACGAGUUAUCUGGAUACUGGUCACUAUUCUAACAUUCUAUGGAAGUGUGCUGGCAAUUUAGUUUAAUUUUUAACUAUUAAUUGUUGUGGUUUUUUCCCAAUAUAAUUACUACCAUAUUGUAAAUCUGUCACUAAAGCAUUGUCAACGUAAAUACUUCAACAUAGUUGGUGAAAAAUAUAAAAACUGGAUUCUUGAUGUAGUGUUUUGUGUUGGUUAUAUAGUUCAAAUAAUUAAAAUUAUCCCAUGUGUAAAAAGCUGUAUUUACCACUGGAUAUUGUUUCUAUAAUAGCAACUAAUCAUGUGUUUCUUGAAACAUUAAAUUUUGUCAAUUCCAAUCAAAAACUCUACCCUUUCUAUCACUGCAGUGCUGAAUAAUUUUGUUGUUGUUGUAUCAAAAUUCAUAAAGCCAGCUUUCCUAUACUGGGACAAAAUAAUCUUUUUAAUAAACAUAUAAC